AUGAACGUAGGCAAGAAAGAUGGGUUUUUCUUUCACCCAAAUUUAUAUGAACAUACAUUUUGUCGUGUAUCAGAGGUGGAAAAAGCUUUCGCUAGAUGUGCCCUCGAAGGGUUUGAAGAAGAAAGGUGGUUGUUGGAUUUGGAUUUUCAAGGUCUGGUGAAGGUGGUUAUAGGUAUGAAAGAGGGUGAUGAGUAG